AAUAGUAUAUCCCUCUUUUUACCUUGCAUCCAGACUUUUUAUUAUGGCCAUCGUUCGUUGUAAAUAAAGCACGUCACAAAUCAGAUAUCUUCGCCUGACCUAGCUGGAUACGGCGGUUACAUCGGCGAACCAGUGGCAGUGCGCGCCUUUCUUUUUGAGCGAGUAUAAAAUUUGUGGACUCCUGUCUUUUGAGUAUCCAGUCCGGAGUCACCCGCCCUCGUUAAUCUUCAUUUAAACAAGCUCCUCUUGUGUUUGCUCAGGCGCUUUUUCUUGUCCUCGUUUACUCGUCUUUCGUUCAGCAUUGACUGCCCUUGGCCCUUUCGCACCACCAAUGAUGGAGAGCCCUCGACGAUCAGAUGCGAGCACUCCUGUGGAGCCUUGCUCUCCUGUGUGUAUCGAUACUCCGGCAACGCAAUCAUCCGUCUUGUUUGAUGGCAAUCUCGAGGAGUUGCUGCGAAACUUCCCUCUCGAGCAGUACAUUCUGGUCACCGGAGGCCUCGGGUUUAUCGGAAGUCACACAACAUUGGAGCUAUUGAAAGCCAGCUACAACGUAAUUGUGAUCGACAACCUCAGCAACUCCUUCCAAGUCGUCUUCGACCGCAUCAAAACCCUGGCGUCCAAACAUCAUGAGCAACAUGGCACAAAGAUGCCGUCAAUGCAUCUGCACCCCCACGACUAUCGAGACACCGAGGCCCUUCGCGGUCUGCUCGAGCAAUACCAGGUCCAGUCCAGAUGGGGCUCGAUGAAGUCAAAGAUCUCCGGCGUCAUUCACUUUGCUGCUUAUAAAGCGGUUGAGGAGAGCAUUCGGAAUCCAUUGAAAUAUUAUGCGAACAAUGUUGGAGGUCUCGUGGAUUUUGCUACCACGUUGGGCGAAUUCGGCAUCAAGACAUUUGUCUUCUCCUCUUCGGCCACGGUGUACGGCACUUUGGCGACCUCUGGUCUCCCUCUUAAGGAGGAGCUCUGCGUCCACAAGGAGGAACCCCUCCAAAACCAGGAAGGAUCCGAGGAAGUUGUGAAGCCUGGGUGCACGGGCAUCACCAAUCCUUAUGGACGCACAAAGUGGAUCUGUGAAGCCAUAUUAGCGGAUCUUGCUGCCUCUGAUCCCGAGUGGACUAUUGUAGCUCUGCGGUACUUCAACCCGAUAGGGUGCGACGAGUCGGGUCUCCUGGGAGAAGACCCAAGACAAAUACCUACCAACCUCCUUCCCGUCGUCGUCAAGGUCAUGACUGGACAGUAUAAGGAGCUGCAGAUGUUUGGAACCGAUUGGGACACAGAGGACGGCACAGCCGUCCGUGACUUUAUUCACGUCACCGAUCUUGCCCGAGGGCACAUUGCGGCACUUGGCGCUGCCAAUGACGGACGACUUGUUGAAAAUUUCCGCACCUUCAAUCUUGGAACUGGACAGGGACACUCUGUCAUGGAGGUCGUCAACACCAUGGAAAGUGUGUCGUCCAAACCCAUUCCACGGAAGGCCGCUGGCCGCCGCGCAGGAGACGUUGGUUCCUGUGUUGCCGUGGCCACCAGGUCGCAAGAUGAGCUUCAGUGGAAGACGGAGAAGACGCUGAAAGACGCUUGUGUCAAUUUGUGUAAUUUUCUGGAUGUUAGCGGUCUGUCCUCCUAAGGACCAUCUAUAAUGUUUUGAAUAAUGGAUGUGCUCUCUUCAUAGGGCGGCGUUUGGUGAUGUUUCUUUUUUUUCUUUUCUUUUUUUUUUGUCGCGCUUCUUCAAUACCUCUUUCCAUUUUCAAUUUCCUUUCUUUUAUUUUAUUUUAUUUUUUUUUUUUUUCUGGCCCUCGACUUUGUCAUGUGCCCGUCCUUGUCUGCGUUUCUGUCAACAACCUGUUCACAUCAACAAAUUUCGGCAACUUCAUACCUAGUUUAUCUGCUGUUUUUGCAUUA